AUGGAGAGGGCCGGCCCCGGCUCCGCGCGGCCGCAACAGCAGUGGAACCAGGACUCGGUCGAAGCGUGGCUGGACGAUCACUGGGACUUUACCUUCUCUUACUUUGUUAGGAAAGGCACCAGAGAAAUGGUCAAUGCAUGGUUUGCUGAGAGAGUUCACACCAUCCCUGUGUGCAAGGAAGGAAUCAAAGGCCACACGGAAUCCUGCUCUUGCCCCUUGCAGCCAAGUCCCCGUGCAGAGAGCAGUGUCCCUGGAACACCAACCAGGAAGAUCUCUGCCUCCGAAUUCGAUCGGCCACUUAGACCCAUCAUUAUCAAGGAUUCUGAGGGAACUGUGAGCUUCCUCUCUGACUCAGACAAGAAGGAACAGAUGCCUCUAACCUCCCCACGGUUUGAUAAUGAUGAAGGGGACCAGUGCUCGAGACUCUUGGAAUUAGUGAAAGAUAUUUCUAGUCACCUGGAUGUCACAGCCUUAUGUCACAAAAUUUUCUUGCACAUCCAUGGACUCAUCGCCGCCGACCGCUACUCCUUAUUCCUUGUCUGUGAGGACAGCUCCAAUGACAAGUUUCUUAUCAGCCGCCUCUUUGAUGUUGCAGAAGGUUCAACGCUGGAAGAAGCUUCAAAUAACUGCAUCCGCUUAGAGUGGAACAAAGGCAUCGUGGGACACGUGGCCGCUCUUGGCGAGCCCUUGAACAUCAAAGACGCCUAUGAGGAUCCUCGAUUCAAUGCAGAAGUUGACCAAAUUACAGGCUACAGGACACAAAGUAUUCUUUGUAUGCCAAUUAAGAAUCAUAGGGAAGAGGUUGUUGGUGUAGCCCAGGCUAUCAACAAGAAAUCAGGAAAUGGUGGGACAUUCACUGAAAAAGAUGAAAAGGACUUUGCUGCUUACUUGGCAUUUUGUGGAAUUGUUCUUCAUAAUGCUCAACUCUAUGAGACUUCACUGCUGGAGAACAAAAGAAAUCAGGUGCUGCUUGACCUUGCUAGCUUAAUUUUUGAAGAACAACAAUCAUUAGAAGUAAUUCUAAAGAAAAUAGCUGCCACUAUUAUCUCUUUCAUGCAGGUGCAGAAAUGCACCAUUUUCAUAGUGGAUGAAGAUUGCUCCGAUUCUUUUUCUAGUGUGUUUCACAUGGAGUGUGAGGAAUUAGAAAAAUCGUCAGAUACUUUAACACGGGAACGUGAUGCAAACAGAAUCAAUUACAUGUAUGCUCAGUAUGUCAAAAAUACUAUGGAACCACUUAAUAUCCCAGAUGUCAGUAAGGACAAAAGAUUUCCCUGGACAAAUGAAAACAUGGGAAAUAUAAACCAGCAGUGCAUUAGAAGUUUGCUUUGUACACCUAUAAAAAAUGGAAAGAAGAACAAAGUGAUAGGGGUUUGCCAACUUGUUAAUAAGAUGGAGGAAACCACUGGCAAAGUUAAGCCUUUCAACCGAAACGAUGAACAGUUUCUGGAAGCUUUCGUCAUCUUUUGCGGCUUGGGGAUCCAGAACACGCAGAUGUACGAAGCAGUGGAGAGAGCCAUGGCCAAGCAAAUGGUCACGUUAGAGGUUCUGUCUUAUCAUGCUUCAGCUGCAGAGGAAGAAACCAGAGAGCUGCAGUCCUUAGCGGCUGCUGUGGUGCCGUCCGCCCAGACCCUUAAAAUCACUGACUUCGGCUUCAGCGACUUUGAGCUGUCUGACCUGGAAACGGCACUGUGCACAGUCCGGAUGUUCACUGACCUCAGCCUUGUGCAGAACUUCCAGAUGAAACACGAGGUCCUUUGCAAGUGGAUUUUAAGUGUGAAGAAGAACUAUCGGAAGAGCGUCGCCUAUCAUAACUGGAGACACGCCUUUAACACAGCACAGUGCAUGUUUGCUGCACUGAAAGCGGGCAAGAUUCAGGAGAGGCUGACGGACCUGGAGGUGCUCGCACUGCUGAUUGCUGCCUUAAGCCAUGACCUGGAUCACCGCGGAGUCAAUAACUCAUACAUACAGCGAAGUGAACACCCACUCGCUCAGCUCUACUGCCAUUCAAUCAUGGAGCAUCACCAUUUUGAUCAGUGCCUGAUGAUCCUUAACAGUCCUGGCAAUCAGAUUCUCAGUGGCCUCUCCAUUGAAGAAUAUAAGACCACGCUGAAGAUAAUCAAGCAAGCUAUUUUAGCUACAGACCUAGCACUGUACAUAAAGAGACGAGGAGAAUUUUUUGAACUUAUAAGAAAAAAUCAAUUCAAUUUGGAAGAUCCUCAUCAAAAGGAGUUGUUUUUAGCGAUGCUGAUGACAGCUUGUGAUCUUUCUGCAAUUACAAAACCCUGGCCUAUUCAACAACGGAUAGCAGAACUUGUUGCCACUGAAUUUUUUGACCAAGGAGACAGAGAGAGAAAAGAGCUCAACAUAGAGCCCACUGAUCUAAUGAACCGGGAGAAAAAAAACAAAAUCCCAAGUAUGCAAGUUGGAUUCAUAGAUGCCAUCUGCUUGCAACUGUAUGAGGCCUUGACCCAUGUGUCGGAGGACUGUUUCCCUUUGCUGGACGGCUGCAGAAAGAACAGGCAGAAAUGGCAGGCUCUUGCAGAACAGCAGGAGAAGACACUGAUCAAUGGUGAAAGCAGCCAGACCAAGCGGAACUGA